GGCAGCCAUGAAGAGGUCGAGGAUGAUGAAUAUGAUGAGGAGGAGAAUUUAAACAAUUGAUGAGGACUGCAAAUUUCUUCCAUGGAUGGCUAAACUAUUUGGCAAUUAUACGGUACAAACCGAUAUGUCUGAAAUGUCAAACCAGUGAUUUGACACAUUUGGCCAGAAAACUCAAGUUGAGACCAUUGAAGGGCAAUUCAAUGGCUAGAAUUAUUAAGGCGCUCGCCUCUCUCGCCUAUGGCGCCUCAGGCGACCAGGCGAGCUCUCAGCGCCUCAAUGAAGCCAGGCGAGGCGAGAUCCCUAAAGCGCGCUUAAGGCGGUCGCCUUUCUCGCCUCAAUCACUGCCUCAGGCGUUCGCCUAGCUCGCCUUUCUCGCCUCAAUCACUGCCUUAAGGCUUUAGGGUAU